UUCAACAUGUACAAUCAGCAAUUACUCCAAAUUAUCCUAUCGGAGAUUCAAUAUUGAAACCAGGAGAUCAAACAAAAAUAACUUGGUUAGAAGAUAAAAAUAAACCAUUAUUAUCGUCACUUCCAAAAGUAUUAAUCGAAUUGAUGACAGGUAGCGAUCUGAAUCAAAUCUCAUUGCAAACUAUAGCCACAGUGAAUGCUGUUCUUAAAACUUGUGAUUGGACAGUACCCGAAGUUGAACCUGCUGGUCAAAGUACUACUCGAUUUAUCAUUACUGAUUCUGAGGGUAAUUAUCCACCUGUAUCAGAUGGGCCCAAACCAGAAUCUGGAAAAAAUCCUGGUGGAGUUGGACAUUUAGUAACAUCCACUACUAAUAAUGUCACCACCUCUACUAAUUUAAAUAAUAAUAUUGAAACUGCUAGUACAACAAAAAAAAAUAGUCUUACUUCUAGCAAUAGUUUUGUUGCUACUG